AUGUUCGACCGCCGAGAGAUUCAAGUAUUGCAAUUCCUAGAAGCAGCAACAGAACAACAACCCAAAAAGAUGAGGUUCGAGGACAUUUGUAGCCCCCGCAAAAGACGGGUUCAUUUCCAAGCACCGGAAGCAGAUAGCAUUGUCCACUACGAGCGGCUUCCUCUUCACGAAGGAGCUGAGCUCUGGUACUGCCGCGGGGAACUCAAGGCCAUCCACAAGGAGAUCUUUGUGUCUCUCAUGGAAGUCAAAAACGGCAACCUGUCCGACUUUCAAUUCUCCGCACGCGGCCUCGAAGAGAUCCGCAAGCGCAAGCCCCACAAGAGACAGAUGCGACGCAAGGAAUACAUUGCCAGUGUAGUCGCCUUGAGCCGCGAACAACGACAAAACGGCAUGGGACACGUGCUGGACGAGGAACUCCGGGACUUUGCCGUCUCGCAGAGCCGCAGCGCCACCCUGAGGGCGCAGCACUACGCCGCCUUGGAUCUUGAUGAGGCUCGUUUGGUUUACCAAGAAACCUUUCAGCCACGAAACACACUAAAAACAACGGAAGCUACAGCUCCUCGAAGAGUCCCUUGUCCGGCACCUCCUGCCAUGACCACCACCACGGAUUCGAUUGCGCGAUCAGCCUGA